CUAUCAGUGCUCCGAUCCUCUACCACCCAUCACAUCAUUCUGUGUGUGUAAGAGAGAGAGAGGGAGAGGUAGAGGGGAAGAGAGAGAGAGAGAGAGAGCGUUCGUAUACAGUAAGUUCCAAUUAAGUGCCGCAAUCUCUUGCCUCCGUGCUGCUGAGACCCUCGCGAGCAGUGAGCGCGUCCCUCCCGGAUUAACGACGCGGCGAGCGCGCGGGAGCCACCGCACACCCGGAGAUGCCGACAAGUGGCGAAGCGGCACGUGCUCGAAGCCGGAGAGCGAGCGCCAGCCCCGGCCGCAGGUGGAGGAGCGCGCUGCUGCUCUGACAGCGCCCGGCGCGGACGCGGACUGCAGCAUACGGUACGGCAACACAGCACGCGCCUGCCUGGGCUUCUGCAGGUGGAAUAGCGUGCAUUUAGGACUUCUCGCGCUUGUGCUUCCCUGCGUGUGCAUCAUGCGUAGUGCUGUAUUACACCAGGCUGGCUUUACUUCAGCAGCGCGCGCAGCAAUGCAUCUGACUGCUGGAAGGAAGAUUUACGUACGACUCGUCUUGCUUUCGUCAUGCUUGUUAUUGUAACACGUUUUUGGAGGCGCGUGUAGGUGCACCGGACAACUCACGUGCUCGUACUGGACAUGCAUGAAGCAAACUCUCAGUGAGUUGCGUUUUUCUUGUUGUUCAGGGCAACCAAACCAAACCCAGCGCAGCACAGCGCAGACCAGCCCAGCCUGCCCAGGUCUUGGGGGGCGAUGCAGCAGCAGAAGCAGCUGCAACAUCAUCCCCAUCACUACCAGCUGCGGACAGAACAGGGCAAGACAAGACAAUCAUGUUUACACUGUUGGAUUGUGACCUCCACCCUUAAUCCAUCCAUUCAUGCAGUGAACACAUACAUACACAUUUAUUUGCACUAGUAACAGAGUGAGUAACAGAGUGAGCACGCCUGGCUGGAGAGGUGAGCAACCAUAUAGUGUUAAGGGCCUUUCUCAAGGGACCAGCAGUGAAAUCUGGUAAUGAACCCACCGCCCUGUCAUCAUUAACCCAGUGCUCUAACCACUGAGCCACCACCAGACUGAUGCUGGUGUGCACGCGGUGGGAGAAGCUCGCUUCCCGCUCGUUCGCUGCGCACUCCUGCGCCCUGCCCACCUUCUAGGAUGUUGCGGCAGGUGCUGCACGAGGGCCUGAAGACGUCGUUCCACAAGCUGGGCCACUUCGUUGCCAACCACCCAGUGUUCUUCGCUUCGGCACCCGUGCUCCUCUCCAUCCUGCUCGGCGCAAGUUUCAGCAGGUAUCGCAUCGAAGAGAACGUGGAGUACCUGCUGGCCCCCAAGCACAGCCUGGCCAAGAUCGAGGGAAACCUGGUGGACAGCCUCUUCCCGGUCAACCGCUCCAAGCACACGCUGUAUUCGGACCUGCAGACGCCGGGCAGAUACGGCCGGGUUAUCGUGACCUCGCGCAAGGGAAGCGUGCUCGAGGCACACCACGUUGACCUGGUGCUGAAGCUACACAGCACCAUCACCCACAUUCAGGUGCCCAUGCUGGGCUUCAACUACACCUUCGCCCAUCUCUGCCUGCUGGAUGACAGUAAGAACUGCAUAGUGGAUGACAUCCUGCGAGCCCUGGAGGAGAUACGCUCAGCCAGGGCCUCCAACCGCACUGCCCCCCCACUGCGCUACCCCAUCACUAGGCUGAAGGACGGCCGAGAGGCCUACAUCGGGCACCAGCUUGGUGGGGUGACUCCGGUCGGCAGCGGACGGGAGGGUGUAAGGACUGCCCGUGCCCUCCAGCUCACCUACUACCUGCAGGCAGCGAGCCCUCUAAACGAGGUGGUGGCUGCCCGCUGGGAGCUCCUGUUCUGCAAGGAGCUAGAGCACUUUGGGAAGGUGCACCCAGAGCUGGGCCUGUACCCCUUCACCUCGUCCUCGCUGCAGAGGGACUUCCAGAGGACCAGCCGAGUGUCGGAGCGGCCGCUGCUCUUCAGCCUGGCCUUGUGCCUCUCGCUGGCUGUGCUUUGUUGCUCCAUGAGGGACUGCGUUCGCACCAAGCCCUGGUUGGGACUCCUGGCGCUGGUUACAGUCAGCCUGGCUACCCUAACAUCUGCAGGGAUAUUCAACCUCGCGGGUGGAAAGUACAACUCCACGUACCUCGGGAUUCCCUUCGUUAUGCUGGGUCACGGCCUAUUUGGCACAUUUGAGAUGCUGUCAUCAUGGCGGAGGACACGCGAGGACCAGCAUGUCAAGGAGCGGGUGGCAGCAGUGUUCUCAGACUGCAUGCUGCCCUUCACAGCCAGCACGGCCCUGCACCUGGUCACCUUUGGCAUCGGCGCCAGCCCGUUCACCAACAUCGAGGCGGUGCGCCUCUUCUGCCGGAACGCCUGCAUCUCUGUCCUUUUCAACUACCUCUACAUCCUCACCUUCUACGGCUCCAAUCUAGUCUUCGCCGGCUACCUGGAGAACAGUUACCGCCACAGCCUGUUCUGCAGGCGUGUGCCCAAGCCUGAGUUACUGCAGCAGAAGCCGGCCUGGUACCGCUUCCUCAUGUACACGCAUUACAACGAAGAGGCAGCAGAGCCUGGCGACUUGCGUGCCUAUGAGACACAUCUACUGGUGGCCUUCAUGAAGCGCUACUACUGUGACUGGAUCACUAAUACCUACGUCAAGCCCUUUGUUGUGCUCUUUUACCUGGUGUAUGUCUCCUUCGCCUUGAUGGGCUACUUGCAAGUGAGUGAGGGUUCAGAUCUUAGUAACGUUGUGGCCACAGAGACCAGCACCAUUGCUUACACCCGGGCACAACAGCGCUACUUCAGUAGUUACAGCCCAGUCAUUGGAUUCUACAUAUACGAAUCCAUUGAGUACUGGAACAUCAGUGUCCAGGAUGACCUUCUGGAGUACACAAAAGGGUUUGAGCGCAUCUCCUGGUUUGAGAGCUACCUGAACUACUUGCAUGGACUGAACAUCAGCACCAGCCUAUCACGCAGUAACUUCACAGAAUAUCUGCGUUCUGGUUUCCUGCGUCAGCCUCGCUAUCUACACUUCUCCGAUGACAUCAUCUUUGCCAAGCGAGCAGAUGGAGAGUUUGAUGUGGUAGCUUCUCGUAUGUUUCUGGUGGCCAAGACAACGGAGAACAAGCGAGAGGAGAUGUCAAUUUUGUUGGACACGCUGCGGAAGCUCUCGCUGACAUCUAGAGUAAAGUUCAUCAUCUUCAACCCAUCUUUUGUGUACAUGGACCGCUAUGCGUCCUCUGUGGGCGCUCCACUGAAGAAUUCCUGCAUUGCUGCUCUUUUCUUGCUCUUCUUCUCUACCUUCCUUGCAGCAGAUCCACUGGUGAACGCCUGGCUAACCGUGACGGUGGCCUCAGUGGAGUUUGGGGUGGUGGGCUUCAUGACAUUGUGGCAGGUGGAGCUGGAUUGCGUGUCAGUGCUGUGCCUGAUCUAUGGAGUGAACUAUGCAGUGGAUUCUAGUGCCCCUCUGGUGUCUGCGUUCGCCUUGGGACGGGAGUCAACGCGAACGCGUUGGGUAAAGUUGUCCCUGGAGCGACACGGAGUCCCUGCUCUCCAAAGUUACAUGUGCUACGGUGCAGCGCUGCUGCCCUUGGCGGCCGUACCCUCCAACCUCACCCGCACACUGUUCAGGUGCCUCUUCCUGACUGCCCUCAUCACUGCUUUUCACUGCUUGGCCAUCCUUCCUGUCCUCCUGACCUUCUUACCACCCUCCAAAAAGAAGAGGAGGGAAAGGAAGAAUGUAUCGGAGAAUCAGGAGGAGAUUGAGUGUGUGGAGAUGGCGGACAGCACACGUGUGGUCGAUCAAAUAACCACUGUCUGAGCAAAUGACAAAAGGUAAAAGUCAACCAGGUGAACUCUGACCAAAGUACCCAGGGGGAAUGGCAGGGAAUGGCCUCACGGUGCCCAUCAAGAGUGGGUCAGUGUGAGCCUAGACAGGAGAUGCUCCCAAAUGAGCGAUAAAGCAAGCUCAGAGGUGUUUUUGCAGUGAAGUAUGGGCCUACUUUCUCAGAACGAGAGUGUGAGCCCUCUUGUUGAAGGAGUGCUUUGUUGUCUUGGUAAAAAAAAGGUGCUAGAUAGACCUUGCCAUUAAAUGGAGACCGGGUUGUCAUGGUAAAAGCCCUGUGAAGGCUAUGCUGCACAACUUCCAUCCUUCAUGGUGUGGGGAGAAAGCUGUUGCUCAGCAAGCCAGAUACUCAGCCAGCUGCAGAUAAUUACAGAGUGGCUUCUCCGGCUGGCAGUUGUAGAGUAGUAGAUGAAUGCUGUAACAAGGCUUUGCCUUAUUGCGGCACAGACACCCAUAGAUACAUGUGAACCACUAAAACAUCACUGCAAGAUGAGGCAAAUAACCAAGGUAUCAUUACAGUGUCCCUACCUCUCAUAUUUAGAAAUGGUUAGGGAAUACUCCCUGAAUCAAAGCAGCCAUAGUCAUCUCUUUGAACAGCCAUGUGUUCUAUUAGCCAUAUAACGUCAUUUAUGAUUAUCUGUCUCAAUGAGACUGUAUAAUGGCCUCUGGCCAUUUUGUGGUAAAAAGGAAGGCACAGGCCUAAAUGAAAGUCAGCAGACAUCAGGACUUCAUUUCAGACCCUGCUUUAUUCUUUAGAUUGAUGCUGAUGUCAGUCCUUUUAGCCCUCCCUAACACAUUUUAGCUGCAUUCCAAACUAUAGGCUGCAAACAAGGUACGAUGGGACCUCGGUAGGACUGUCUUAUUAAUAUUAUUUUUAAGCAGCAUUUUGGUAAAAUUUCUUUACAAAGUUAUGUUAGAAAUUGUUUAAAAAAACACUUCUCUCAGAAAUGCAGCUCACCUCGACUGCAGCUAUGGGUUUGGACUGCAGCUACAGUCUUAGUGGCACUAAUAGUAGAUCUGUUCCAGAGGGAAGACUUGUAAAAGGAAAAAAUAGGAAACUGAGAGAGAAACAGAUGCUUGUAAGUGUUGACAGGUUGAGGUGCAGUGCAUCGCUUCCUGCGCCAUCUCCCAUAUUGCAAGUCUAGUUAUACUGAGCAUUUCUGUUUCUCAUAAGCUUUCAAUCAGUACCUAAUAGAGGCAUGGUUUUGCAAAUUUAGUUUUGUUACAUUGUUACUGCAAAUAGCCUGCAAAGCCUUUUCUUCUGAAGUCUUUUUUAGGAUUUUGAUUCCCUCUGAAAAUGUUGAAAAGCACCCUGUCACAGACUGUGCUCCUCAUCAAUAUGUAUGAGUCAGAAUGGCUGUUUUUUUUUUUGUCCUUGGCCUCUGUGUACGUAUAGCAGCAAGGAGGGAGAAGAGAGGGAUAAAGUAGAAGAAAAUAAUUAACAGGGAAGAAAAGACAAAGAGCCAGAGAGGUUAAGAGAGGAGCAUCUGGCAGAUUAAAUCUAUUUAUUUUUUCAGAUACUCCUCAGCCCUGAGGCUACUUGUGUCAAAUCAAUUCCAAUGUAAAAUAGAGUCUACUCUAUUUCUUCCUUGCAUUAUUGAAAGCCAAGAUGACUGUGACAGCCCAGAUACCUUAAAGGCCAAUAUGGAAAACAUGUAUAAGCCCUGGCAUCUUCUGAUGGGAGACUUUCAGCCAGUAUGUUUUUCUAAUUGUCUGUUACAGAGCAAAAAUCUGUGGUUUAGACUCUGAUCCCACUUAUUGCCCAGUCCCAAGUCCUAUUGCUUUACCAGGGUUGCCAGAAAUGGCACAAAAAAACAGGCAAGCACAGCACGCUGCAGCUUCAGCAUCCUUCUGAGGCAGAGUAAAAUAUGAGUAAAUAUUGACAAUGCAUUUGAUAGACUGAGACACACUGGAGACCAGAAGGACUACAAGACAGAUGGCAACCCUGGUUACCCUGGCAACACAAGUGAGCUUUGCAUCUAGGGUUAAAGAAAGGGGCAGACAACUCUCUCUUUUUGAAGUUGGACUGUGGUAGUUGUUUUUAACACUUGCUGUCAAUUAGUAAAUAUUUUUCCUUUAAUGUAGACCACAUAGCUAUUAUAGCACAUUAAUUUUAUUUCUUAACUUAAUAGCAGGGUCAAAAGCCUCUGACUGUAACAUUUUUGUACGGAAAUAAGAUGAAAGUUACACGAGUCGAGCAUUCCGAAAUCUGCCAGAGGUCUCCAGGUAUGAAACAUCUGUGCUAAAAUACGAGGAAGCGAAUGAGGCAGAGGCAAAAACCAGCAAAACAGAUGUUCGCAGAACCUGCCAGCAGAUUUCAUAUGGAUGUGCACACUUGAUGUGGCAGCUGUCUGUCUGAGAGUCUGAUUUUCUGCUUCGUCAGGAGCACUGAUGUUCAUAGUGGAGCAUCACAGUGCUGCGUGGCCCCAGGGGCCCGGGCUCCCCGUAUGACUCCUCUGGCCAGCGGCCAACAGCUGCUUUCUCCUGCCUCUCAGUAUUGCUGGAGCUAUGCACGCCUGCCGUACAUCUGGAUGAGCUCUCUCGCUGGACUCUACAGUUGUCAGUCUAGAGAGCUGAUCAAACCAGACUUGUGCUGCUGGAGCACUGACAUAAAGCCUCUCCCCUUAAGCUUGCUUGCACUGUCCCCAGCACAGCACUCUGAAUGUAGAGUCCGCACAUACUGUACCCUGCAUCUCACAUUUACUAUACUAUCUGGUUUAGGCACCAUUGUCCCUUAUUCAUCUAAGUUGCACACUAGCAAAAUUCCAUCCAUUUAGAUAUAAUUUAGAGCUUAAGAGUAUAUCAAGGCUGAUGGAGGUUGUCUGGAAGUGAGGUGUGUUCAGGUAAAUUUCUUGCUUAUUGCUAUAUUGGCAAUGGAAAACGCAGGUGUGCCACUGACUGAUUAAAACCUAGACAACAGUCAUCAGUCAGACAUUCAUUCCUGGUUGUUACCCACACACACACACAAACAUACAGCAGUGCACAAACCCAACUUUUACAUCAACAAUAAACAGAAUACAAAAUAAAAUAACUUUUCUGUUCCUGUAGAUUGCCUGAUAGUGCACCUUUAAAGGUUAAAUUUCCUCCUUCUAAAUUUCCUUAAGUUUCCUCUGGUUAUCACAAAAGCACUGCACUGUUAAAAUACCAAUUCGCCAAAGUCAGUCUUUCAAAGAGAAUGGCAAGUGACACGCUCAUUAUUUUGAAAAUAAGAUAUCUUUACUUUUUCAAAUGGAAAACUGUACUCUACAGUGGAUGUACUUGAUAGUAUAUGUAUUGUGUGACAGCAAAGAUAUGUGUGAGGUUUGUCAUUUGUCAUUUGCAAAUCAUAUGUUACACGGUAAGCCCUCUAAGCCACCUAUAAAAGCUCUAUUUUGAAUUAGUUUUCACGCAACUUUGAUGAAUGAGGGUCAUUGUCUAACAUUCUAAACUACUAGUAUCAACACCUGAUAUCUAUUGUAUGUAGAUUUGUUGUAACAAAUUAUCAAAAUUUGGUAGGUUGCAUUCAGAACUAACUUUAAAUCAGCAUCAGCAACUUCUUCAGAAUCACGCCAUCUGCAUACCAUGCCAAAACAGCAGGAUAUAACUGGUCACUAAGAUAGCAAAACUCGUGCCAAGCUUGAGUUGCAUCUGCCUGUUGGCUUGCAGUGGAGCAUAUUAUGGGAAUCUGCCCAAAGCCAUUGUGCCGACACACCAGUUGCAGAGUAUAAUAUGUAAAUUGGACAACAUCGCUGGUUGCCGUGUAUAAACAACAUUCAGGCCAAUUCCACAUGGCUGAUUACGAUUCUUAGACGAUCCUGAGUCUUAACCAACGCUGCCAUAUAUCAAAUAAGCAUUCAAAUGUGGGCAGUUGGCAGAUUAAUUAAGGUCUGUUCCUGUCACAUAGCUGGAACUUGAGUAUGAAAAGAACCUGACUCUAAAAAAUACAAAGAAGUCUGGCUUGUGAGGCUAUGAGACUGGUCUUUUGUGUAGGACUUAACCCCAUUACUGUAGAGCAGGGAAAUCAGUAAACUGUGCUGGACUCCAGAACCUGCUGCCCAACCCUGAUCUAGGAUAUACCUUUGUAUUCCUGUUCUGUAUCAAAGUGUACCAUUACAGCUAAUCUGGGGUAAUCAGGUUGGGCCACUCUCUGUUUACUGUAGAAGCCAGUCAGGGAUGCUGUGUCACUGUGUGUGCGAUGAUUUGUAUGUAAGUACGUCCCUCUCCGAAGAUACUGUACUUGAAAAAAAAAUGUACCCUUUAAAAGAUGUCCUACAUUAAAGUGUUUUUUUUAUUAACAAACCCAAUUCAUUCUUAAUGUGCUGGUCGAGAGUAUCUGAUAGAUCCCCCUCUGUCACCUCAUACAGGAUCCCACCCAGUUUGUUGAUGUAGGGGCUGAAUAUAUAUGAAGAUGUAAAGCACAUCCAUUUAGGGCUGCAACUAUCGAUUAUUUUGAUAAUCAUUAAUCGUGAUUAUUAUUUUUUAUUAGUUGUUUAUUAAUCAGAUCAAAUAGAAAUCUAAAAUAUAAUUAAUAUAUUUGACCAUAUAUUGUUCAGAUUUAAACAAUUUUAGAGAACUAAUGUUCACUUAAUAUAAUUGUAUAAGCAACAUACAGCCUACCAUUAUUAAAACAAUAUUAGUGUUAACAUGAAUUAAAUGAAUUAAUUAAUGAUUUACAUACAUUUUAUUAUUAGCAUUAUUUAAUGUAUUCAAUAACGCAACAGCGGGGUAUGUAAUAUAAAUAUACACUUGGCUGUGAGUCAGAAAAGACCAUGAAAAGCCCUUUAAAUGUAUUAUUUAAAAAAUGUUAGGAUUGAUUUUCUUGUACUGUGAAUGUAGCUAAAUAACUGCCGCAGCAUUUAAGGUGGAAUGGAAAGUUAAAAAAACAAAAUUUACUCAAAAUGUGACAUGUUUAAACACUUUAUCAGGCUCUAGUUACAUGAUGCUAACGUUAGCUUGACUAAAACUACAGCUUGAUUUGGAACCACUGAUCAACCUGCCACAUUUAAGGUGGAAGGGAAAACUCUUAACUUUACUAAGAAUGAGACACAUCUUGUUUAACUACUCUAGCAGGCUCUAGGGACACUGAGAGGGAGUGAAAAUAAGAUUUAACACUAGCUUACUACAAACUUGUAGUGAACAUGGCUCCACCACACUACAGCUAACGUUGUUGUUUGAAGGCAUCAAUGUAAAGUGCUCCGUGCUUUUGACGACUUGGGUCUGCUAAUGCUAACCAGGGUUUCCUACACAAAUUGUUUAGUCAAGGCGUUUGUUGAGUGGCAGUACUGCCGUUUGUUGAUGAGUGAGUGGCUCGCACAUCACCAUAGACCCAACUAAAAAAUAAAUCGAUUUGUUGCUGCAGCCCUACAUCCGUUAUUAGCAUACCUAUAUAACACACACUCAUGCUCACACUCUUCAUCCAUCACACACUCUCUUUUUGUUGUUUAAAUGAAUUACACGAUGCAUAAUGAAGCAGCAUAGACACCAAGCUUCAGACUUAACAGACUUAAAAUGACAGGAGGAUCUGAACAGGAUAUAUUUCAAACACACACAGACAAAAACACACUUACAGAGGGGAUUGUUGGUUUUGUAUCUGUUUGUACGAAUUACAAACCAAUAAAGCAAAGAAUGGAACAAACUUUA